AUGGCUGUUAGAUUAUACGUACGGUGCAGAUCGGCAUUGAGACGCAUCGCGGUAGACCGCAAUGUAGGUGAUCUGCGUCAUUUUCCCGGGAUGACUUUCUCCCGCCAAUUUUGGUCGAUGCCCCGUACUGCCACCCUGACCCCAAUAUCCACUCAGUUCUCUCUCACUCACUUCUCGGUUCGCGCGCCAGCAAAAAUGGACAAAUAUUUACUCCAUUCCAAAUCCUCCACCGAGAGUGCUCGUACUUUUCGAAGGCGUAUUUGGAAAAGGGAGUCCGUAGAAGUAAAUGGAAGAUUCGAGCCUAGUUACCGACACCAGAUGCUUGAUCUGUUAAUUCGUUCCUAUUCUGAGGUUGGGGCUUUCCCGCAUUUAUAUCAUGUGAAUGGAAAUGGACAGCCUUGCCAAUCUCAUAUGCAUCGACUUGCAAGUGAGGCAAAUAUUGAUCGCAACGUGUCAUUUAGAAAGCAAGGCAUCUCUGCGGUAGACUUUGACAAUAAGGGAAUAUACUUGGUCUCUGUGACAAAAUCAGGUUGCUUAACAGUGCAUGAUUUCGAAUCUCUAUAUUGCCGGAUACAUGAGUUAACAUGCUUGGAAGAAGAUGAAAGCAAGCAUGUAAUGCAUCUCUCACUAAACCGGCAACUUGAUGUUGUGAGAUGGAAUCCAACUAACCAGGAUGAGGUUGUCUGUGCGUCUGUAAAAAGUAAUGAAGUACUUAUAUUUGAUGUUGGUUAUAUCACUUCUGAACCAGUUGAAGUGUUAAGAACAAGACAAACGGCCACAGUACAUGGAUCUGGCAUUCACAAAGGUCUAUCUGACGUUGCCCUUAUGCUAAAUGACUCCAAGAUACUUGCUUCUGAUACACACGGGGGAAUCAAUGUAUGGGAUAGAAGAGUGAAAGCUCUCCCUUGUCUCGAGCUUGCAUCUAGUUCCUCUGGUCUGCUUAACAGCAUCCAAUUAAAUGCAGAAAAUCAGAUCAUUUUUGGCGGUGGGAAGCAUGGUAUAGUGUACGUGUGGGAUAUUCGGGGUGGAAGAGCAUCUGCUACUUUCCAAAGUCACAAAGAGGCAUGUCAUCCACCCAUGACAUCGUUGAAAUUGGCUUCACUGAUGGAGAAGAUCGAAUCUCUGAAGGCGCAAUCAGAUGUUCUUCCAAAGGAGAUACACUCCAUCAAUCUUGAUCCAUCUUGCCCGUAUCAGUUGGCAUUCCACCUUGAUGAUGGCUGGUCAGGCGUUCUGGAUAUUUAUAAUCCCAGAGUUACGCAUAUUCAUUGCCCUCCGCCUGCUUGGUUAAAUGAUUCUUACGUUUCAGCUGAGCCAUCAUAUAUAAGAAAACCUUCAUGGUUGUCCACGUGUUCGAUCUAUGUGGUUGGAUCGUCAUCGGACUCUGGCAUUCAUCUCCUGGAUUUCUAUCCCAGCACUAGCUCAUCAAGCCAUGUGGAUUUCAAGGAGGAUGUUCAGGAAAUGUCAGGGGUGAACAACCGGAAAAAUCAGAACAGAUUUGUUCCUUUAUCUGAAGGAGUAACUGCAUGUGCUGUUCAUCCCCUAUUUAAUUCCGUCAUAGCUGGAACAAAGCAAUCUUCUUUGCUGAUGAUUUCCCAGAAAUGUGAGUCUUACAGAGGUGGAGACUGAACUCUAUUAAUGUCUUAU